AUGACAGCAGGUGUCGGUACUCCAUACUGGACGGCACCAGAGAAUAUGGAGGGUGAUCGAUACACUGACAAGGCAGAUAUCUACUCGUUCGGUGUUGUAUUGUCAGAGCUUGACACGGGACGGAUUCCCCAUUUUGACGCAGUGGAAGACGACGGAACCAGAUUAAUGCCGUUCCAAAUCUUACAGGAAGUCAUGACUGGUACAUUGCGACCGAGCUUCUCCGUGGAUUGUCCAACUAGGAUACAGAGGAUCGGCGUAGCAUGUUUGUCGUUCGAACCUUCGGAUCGACCGACGGCACAGGAGCUGAUCCAGUUGCUUGAAGGAAAAUAUAGUGAAACAUUCUAG